GAUGGAAAGAGAGGGCAAGUGAUAAAUAAAAAAGUCAUCUUGGACCGGGUUUGAUCGAUUUGGAGGAUUUCCACUGAUCAAGAUCCUAUUUUGAGGGGUUUUCUCGAUCCGGAGAUGGAAAAAUUCGAUGAAAGUUGGGAUCUUUAGAGGAGAUAUAUCAUAUAUCCAUCGGGGUUUUUAGUGGUUGAUUUGAUCUGCUUCUUCAUUGAUUAUUCUUUGCAUUUGUUUGGAUUUUCCAUUGGGAUUUCGUUGAUUUUUUUCUUUCCUGGGGAUUCAUGGAGUUCUAGGAGUUUGGUUUUGAUUCUCGUUCUUGGAAUGGCUGGAGAGGAUUGGAUUGACCUUAAAUUCAGGCUUUUUGAUGGUACUGACAUAGGGCCGAACAAAUUCAAUCCAUCGUCGUCGGUUGCGUCUCUGAAGGAAUCUAUACUCUCUCGAUGGCCUCAAGAUAAAGAAAUUGCUCCGAAAACAAUAAAUGAUAUCAAGCUCAUUAACGCGGGAAAAGUACUGGAGGACAAUAGGACACUUGCUGAGUCUAGAGUUCCAGUUGGUGAACUUCCUGGUGGUGUAAUCACUAUGCAUGUUGUUGUGCGGCCUCCACUACCUGAUAAACAUAACGAAAAACAACUUGCAAAAUCCCCUAAACAGAACCGAUGCACAUGCAGUAUACUGUGACGCGUUAAAAUUUUAGUUCGAUUUGAUCUUUCUUGGCCCGUGCUCGGCUAGCAAUCACACUGCGAAGCCGAAAUUUCUGCAGAAGUCAUGUAUAAAACCUUCUGCUCUUGCAAACACUUCUCGACAAACACUAGACGAUAAUUUUCGGAGCUGAAUCUGUUCUUAAUGUCUUAUUGUGCAGGAGGAAUUAUAUUGAACACAUUGUGAUAGAAAAAAUGAAAGACUUGUUUUUUGUGAUUGUCAUUGUUGUGUAAAUGAAUUUCUUUUUUGUUCUUUGCUUUUUUUUUUUCUGAGAAUUAAUUGUUGGUACUCUGUUUGUUUAUUUUCUCA